AUGCUAGCAAGAAUUCAGAACCUAACCAACGGCGUGGUGUCCAAGGCCAAGGCUUACACCACUAAGUCCGUCUACUACUCAAAAGUUGUCGGAGAGCUUUCAAAGCAGGUUUACCUAAAAGAAAAACUACAGCCUCCUUCCAUCGGUGAUUUUCAAAGUGUCUACACAAGCUUGUACAAACAGGCAUUGAGUCUGGCAUUGAAGCCUAAACAGUCCUUAAACGUGUUCAAGAACGUCCAAAAAGACGAUUUGGUCAAGUACGGCGCAUACGGCGUUCAAUUGGCUGGUCUUUACUCGCUGGGUGAGGUGAUUGGCAGAAGAAAGGUGGUCGGAUACACCAACUACGCUGCCCACCAUUAA